AUGCAAGACAAGCGAGAUCAAGGACAUUACGGUCAUUUCACAGACCAAGCUAUGGCUGGAGGGCAAAACUGUCUUUUCCAAGCUCCUCCUAUGGGAAUGAUUCAGUUUCGUCAAGAGUAUAAUCAUGACCAAAACAAGAAAACAAGUCUCCAAGGGUUUUCAUUAGAUAGGAACAAAGAGGAGAUUAGUAAUCAUGAUAACUUCGUUGUUAAUGGAGGAGGAAGUGGUUCAAGCAAUGUGCUAUGGAGUGGAAUCAUCCUAGGUGGUGAUAGUGGUGGACCAACAUGGUGA